UAAUAUAAAUGAAGUCGUCUAAAUAUAAAUUAUGUUGGAAAGUAGCCAACAUGGAUAAGUUGAUCUAUAUGUAGGUCGGGAUUUAUCAAUAGAUACUUUUUCUAGAAGGAAGACCUUUUCUUUAGUGCUAACAAUGAACGAACAGGAUUUGUUCACUAUCGAAAGAAAUGAAAAAUUCGGCAGAUAUGCCGUUGCAAAAGAAAACCUGAAGGCAGGUGAUAUAAUUUUCACCGAAAAACCGUUUAUUUAUGGACCAAAAUCAGACACUCCAUGCAUAUGUCUGGGUUGCUAUUCCUAUGUGGACUGCACUUACCACUGUUCCAAAUGUUCAUGGCCAGUGUGCAAUGAGAAUUGCGAAAAAUUGUUUUGCCAUCGGGAUUAUGAAUGUGAGGUUUUUGCCAAAGCCUCGGUCAAAUUCCAAACAGUCCAGGAUCCAACUGAAGUUUGUUUACAAUAUGAAUGUCUCACACCGUUGAGAAUGUUAUUAGCCAAGGAAAAAGACCCAAUGAGAUGGAAAGAGGUAGAGUGUAUGGAAGCUCACAACGAAGUGAGAAAAACAAAACCGAUUUGGGAUUUCAACCAACACAAUGUUGUCGAAUACCUGAGGAACGUUUGCAAACUAGACAGAUUUCCGGAGGACUUGAUUCACACAGUGUGCGGUAUUCUGGAAAUCAAUGCUUUCGAAGCCAAGAACUCCGCAGGGUAUACAUUCAGAUGUCUGUAUCCUAAGUUGGCCAUUUUGUCACAUGAUUGUGUCUCAAAUAUCCACCAUGCGGUAGAUUACAAAGGAACAGGAGAUUUGGAGGAUUGCAACGUGACUGUGAGAGCAGCAAUAGACGUCAAAAAAGGGGAAGCUCUGCUCAGCAGCUACACUUACUCCCUCUGGCCUACCCUGGUCAGAAGGGAGUUUUUAAGGGAGAGCAAAUAUUUCGAAUGUACCUGCCAACGGUGCUCCGACAAAACUGAACUGGGAACAAACAGCGGCACCCUCAAAUGCCAGAAAUGUGACAAUGGAGUGAUUAUUGCUACUGAUGCGUUGGAUGAUGAAUGUGAGUGGAACUGCACCCAUUGUGAUUUCAAAACUCGCGCCACAGCAGUGAGGAAGGUAUUUGCCGCCAUUCAAUCCGACAUAGAUGGCGUUGAAUACAUCGCUGGACCCGAAGGUAUCGAAGCCAGAGAAACACUUUACAAGAAAUACAAAUCUGUGUUGCAUCCUAAACAUUCUUACAUGACAAUUUUAAGAAGUGGACUCGUUCAACUUUACGGUAAAGCGGAAGGGUAUACUUUGGACGACCUUCCGGAUAUUAUCCUGGAGAGGAAAGUGGAACUUUGCCAUCAGUUGCUAGAAGUGCUGGAUGUAAUUGAACCAGGACGUUCCAGAAUAAGAGGAAUAAUCUUGUACGAAGUCCACGGUCCAUUGAUGAUGUUGGCGAGACACCAAUACCAAAACGAGGUUAUAACAAAGGAAGAUUUCAGAGCGCAACUCAAGAAGGCUGUGGACACUUUGGGAUCGGCCGUGGAGAUUCUGAGACAGGAACCACGGAGUCUUCCGGAAGGUCAGCUGAGCGCCAUAGCUGAGGAUGCACACAAGCAGCUCAUGGACAACUUUGACAUGCUAGUGGAAACUGCAUAGAGGUACUUUUUUGACUAAUAUUUAUUGAUGCGGCAGUUUUAUAGUGUUCCAUUUGUUGAAUAGUUAAAACUUUGUGAAAGAGUAUAUUUUCAUUGAAUACAUUGACUGUCACAUCACGUGGUUGAUAAUUUUUAAGGGGAUUAACCGUUACGACAGAUACAAAAAGGCUAGAAGGCUUUGACGUAAUCAUAGUGUAUAACUUUAUAACUAUUAUUAUUCACCCUUUAAACACACAAUUGGUG